ACCCUACCGGAGCAGCAGCAGCCGAUCCCCGCAGCCCCGGAACUCCUGCCUUAAUGGGGCCGGGCCCGGGCGGAGCGUGCAAUGAACGGACCGUCCCCCGGCAGCGCCUUCCGGUGCCGUGGCUCAAUGGACGCCAACCUGCGGCUGUGGAGGACGGAGGGUUCGUCCUUUUGGCAGAGGCUUCUUCUGUGGGCAGAUGUGUUGGACCCCCUGCACCUCUUCAAGUCCACGGAUGAAAUAAGAAAAGCCCGGUUAUUAUUAGAACACAGUCAAGAGGCCCAGAGUGAGUUCAGACAGAACCACCAGACAAAACAAGCCUUCCUGCUGAGCCUGGCCAAUGUACAUCCUGAUACAGGCAGGAUAAUCCCUGUUUUCUUCAGACCUCCAGCUUUCCUGCCUGUAACUCUUCCGUUGGUCAUUUCUUCGUCACUUCAGGUGCAGGCAAAACAAGUUUUUCUUUGUCAGUUUGCAUUUCAUGCCUACACCACAGGAUUCACCCUAUUUAAUGGAAAUUAUACCACAAAGGAUGAAGAGAACUCGCUUCACCAAAAGCAAGUCUUGUUUGGUGUGGGAGCUGUUUCCUAUGCUGCAGUUCUAGGUGCUUUGCCUUUUAUUUUUAUGGACCGGUACACACUGAAGAGUCCAGUAACACAACUAAUUGUCAAAAGGCUUCUACCUGCUCCUCUCUUUGGUUUGAUGAGUGCUUUUACUGUGGUAGCGGUGAGAAGCCCAGAAUUUGAGAAUGGAAUUGAAGUGAUGGACAGGAAUGGCAAAGUUUUAGGAGUGUCACAGAAGGCUGGUGAGAAGGCUGUUAAAGAAACAGCAUUAUCAAGAGGAAUCUUGUUUGGGACAACAUUCUUCCUGCCAGCUGCACUUAUGCACUUUGUGGAAAGAGCAAACACUGCGAGAACUCCGCGUGCUUUAGCUUCAAUGAGGAUGCUUCUGAUUACAGCAGUACUGGCAGGGAUGUUACCAGCUUCAUUUGGGAUGUUCCCACAGUGUGGUGAGAUAAAACGAGAAGAACUUGAAGCAGAAAUUGUGUCAUCUACGGAAGAAACAGUAUUAUUCUACAACAGAGGAGUUUAGGGACUGGCUUUAGUAUCUUAAAUGUGGUCUCUAGUUAAAGUGGAUUCUGAAUCUCUCAACAAACUCAGUCAACAUCAGUGACUGAACAAAUCACGAAGUUGUGGUGGCACACAACCAGAACUGGUGUACAACACUGUGGUGUACAAACAGGCAGACUUUGCAAAGUGGUUUUGCAGGCCCUGCCCCACAGAGGGGUACAUGCACACAGUGCUGUAAGCAUUACUUGUAUCAAAGAAUCAUGUUCUAGCACAGUGUUCGUCUCAAACUGUGCUUUGUGUGCUUCCUCAUGCGAUUGAUUUCUUGAUUAAAAAACAUCAUUUGAUACAAAAUCUUA